UCACAAGUAUUUUUCAGCAGGACUGUCACUGCCCCUGAACAAGGAAUCAUAUUACUGCAAGAACUUUGCUGAAACAAAGAAGAUAUAUUGGACAAAUGGGAAAUUAUAAAUCUAGACCAACCCAGACUUGCACGGAUGAAUGGAAGAAGAAGGUCAGUGAAUCCUAUGCCACAGUCACGGAGCGGUUGGAGGACGACCUGCAAAUCAAGGAGAAGGAGCUGGCAGAGUUAAAGCAUGUUUUCAGCUCUGAUGAAGCCUUCUGCAAAGUCAACCUGAACUACCGCACGGAGAGCGGGCUCUCGCUGCUGCACCUGUGCUGCGUGUGUGGGGGCAACAAAUCCCACAUCAGAACGCUCAUGCUGAAGGGGCUGCGCCCGUCCAGGCUAACGAGAAAUGGAUUCACAGCUCUGCACUUGGCAGCUUAUAAGGACAGCGCGGAGCUGCUGACGGCGCUGCUGCACGGCGGGGCCGACAUCCAGCAGGUGGGCUACGGGGCCCUGACUGCCCUGCACGUGGCCGCCAUCGCCGGCCGCCACAAGGCUGUGGAUCUUCUCCUGCAGCACGGCGCCUACGUGAACGUGCAGGACGCCGUGUUCUUCACCCCGCUGCACAUCGCUGCCUACUACGGCCACGAGCAGGUAACCCACCUCUUGCUGAAGUUUGGAGCCGAUGUGAACGCGAGUGGUGAGGUUGGGGACAGACCUCUCCACCUGGCUGCUGCCAAAGGCUUUCUCAGCAUCACAAAGCUUUUGAUGGAAGAGGGAAGCAAAGCUGAUGUGAAUGCUCAGGACAACGAGGAUCACGUGCCUCUGCACUUCUGCUCUCGAUUUGGGCACCAUGACAUUGUGAAGUUCUUACUGCAGAGCAGCUUCGAGGUGCAGCCCCACGUGGUGAACAUCUAUGGAGACACCCCUCUGCACCUGGCCUGCUACAAUGGGAAGUUUGAAGUUGUCAAGGAAAUCAUUCAGCUCUCAGGAACAGAAAGUCUCACUAAAGAAAAUAUAUUCAGUGAAACAGCUUUCCACAGUGCUUGCACCUAUGGAAAGAACAUAGAACUUGUCAAGUUUCUUCUUGACCAGAACGUUGUAAGCAUCAAUCAUCAGGGGAGAGAUGGGCACACAGGGUUGCACUGUGCCUGCUACCACGGCCACAUUCGCCUUGUGCAGUUCCUGCUGGAUAACGGCGCUGAUAUGAAUCUUGUAGCCUGUGAUCCCAGUAGGUCCAGUGGAGAAAAGGAUGAGCAGACCUGCCUGAUGUGGGCUUAUGAGAAAGGUCAUGAUGCAAUUGUGACCCUCCUGAAGCAUUACAAGAGACCUCAGGAUGAAUCCCCCUGCAAUGAAUACUCCCAGCCUGGAGGAGACGGUUCCUACGUGUCAGUGCCAUCCCCUCUAGGGAAGAUUAAAAGCAUGACAAAAGAGAAGGCUGAUGUCCUCCUCCUCCGUGCUGGUUUGCCAUCACACUUCCACCUCCAGCUCUCUGACAUAGAGUUCCACGAGAUUAUCGGCUCAGGGUCUUUUGGAAAAGUCUAUAAGGGGCGAUGUAGAAAUAAAAUUGUUGCCAUCAAACGUUACCGAGCCAACACCUACUGCUCCAAGUCGGACGUGGACAUGUUCUGCCGCGAGGUUUCCAUCCUCUGCCGGCUGAACCAUCCCUGCGUCAUCCAGUUCGUGGGAGCCUGCCUGGACGACCCCAGCCAGUUUGCCAUUGUCACCCAGUACAUCUCCGGGGGAUCGCUCUUCUCCCUGCUCCACGAGCAGAAGAGAAUUCUUGAUCUGCAGUCUAAAUUAAUCAUUGCUGUAGAUGUGGCCAAAGGCAUGGAGUACCUCCACAAUCUCACACAGCCCAUCAUACAUCGGGAUUUGAACAGUCACAAUAUUCUCCUGUAUGAGGAUGGUCAUGCAGUAGUUGCUGAUUUUGGAGAAUCUCGAUUUUUGCAAUCCCUGGAUGAAGACAAUAUGACAAAACAACCUGGGAACCUGCGCUGGAUGGCCCCGGAGGUGUUCACCCAGUGCACAAGGUACACCAUCAAAGCCGACGUCUUCAGCUACGCCCUGUGCCUCUGGGAGCUGCUGACAGGGGAAAUUCCGUUUGCUCACCUGAAACCAGCGGCGGCCGCGGCUGACAUGGCGUAUCACCACAUCCGCCCGCCCAUCGGCUACUCCAUCCCCAAGCCCAUCUCUGCCUUGCUGAUGAGGGGCUGGAACGCCUGUCCUGAGGGGAGACCAGAGUUUUCAGAAGUUGUCACAAAGUUAGAGGAGUGUCUGUGCAAUAUUGAGUUAAUGUCUCCAGCCUCCAGCAACAGCAGCGGGUCCCUGUCCCCCUCCUCGUCCUCGGACUGCCUGGUGGCCCGCGGUGGCCCUGGGCGCAGCCACGUGGCCGCGCUGCGCAGCCGCUUCGAGCUGGAGUACGCCCUGAACGCGAGAGCCUACACGGCCUGGGCCCAGGGCACUGGACAGCCCCACUCUCAGGGCCUGUCUCUGGAUGACAUGAGAAGAACCUUCCAGUACCCACCCGUGGACAAGAACGGGUACGUGUCAGACCCCCUGAGCACCAUGAGGUUCCACUCCUGUGGCGGCGGCGGCAGCUUCGAGGACAGCAGCUGAGGGAGGAGCAGCCUCCUGCCCCAGCCCGGCCACCGACCUCCCCAGGGACCCUGAGUGCCUCUGACACCCCUGGAAUGAACAGCUUCAGUGUGGAUCACAAAUGUCCCUGCCCUGCAUUCUGCUUUGCAUCUCCCUCAGCUGACCCCCUCGUGCUCUGCAGCAGCAGCUCUGACCAUGGGGCAUUAAAAAAGAGAAUAGAGGCAGGGCAGCAAAAAUUGAACUCUUCCUCUAGAAGCAAUUACAGAAUUAAUCACACUGUUAUUUUCUGGGGUCUUUUUUCAAACUAACAAAAUUUGUCUGUGAUACUGCAUGUGUGGCCAAGGCAGCCUGCCUUCCUGGCUGGGCAGGAAUCAGUAUUUCCCACUGAUGGCAGGGCUCUGUGCUGUUUUUGAGGAUGCUGUUUUCCUGCAGCCAUGAUCCCUGAAGCAGGUCUGCAGUGAGGCCUCGAGCAGUGUGACAGGCAUGACCUGUGGCUGCACGGUGGGCUCUGACAAUGCUUCUGACACGCCUGCCAUUACUUCAGUAGUGCUGAAGCAAUAAAAACGGGGAAGAUUUCAAUAAGCAAAGCUUAGAGGUCAUUUUCCAUUUGUUCUGUUUCACUUGCUAAAAAGUUGAGUGGGGAGAAGCUGUUACAGCUCUGUUCCAGCUCUCCCAGCACCGCCUGGGUACCAGUCAGUGGUUACCACUGCUCCACUGGGCUCAUGCCUCAGGUGCAGUUCCAUUUACACCAGCAGCUGCUGGGACAAUAGAAAUGUCAGAAUAAAUACACAGGAAAGCCUGGGAUGGGGCUCACAAGGAGACCUGCUGGACCCUGCCUGCAAUCUCCUGGCCCAAGAAGUUGCCAGAUUUCCAUGGAAGGGGCUGAACAAGAGGAACUAUAAAGCUCCAGCAAACCACAACAAAACAACAUCCAGAUUUGCCCACAACUGGAGGAGAUCUGUUGUGUUCUUUCUAGAAGUACAAGCGUGGUUGGCAGUUUGCAUGCUGUGAGGGAAGAGGGGCAGAGCAGAAGGCACAAGCUGCACCAGGGAUGCUGAUGCAAAUUGCCUACCUGACUCUAAUUGGCCAGAUGAUGAUCUGCUCCACAUGGCCAAGCUGCAGAAGCACCAGCAGGGAACAGGGCUGACGAUUUUCUGUGGGCAGAGAUUAGGUCUCAUUGCUGGCUCUUUGCAUUGGCCAGAAACACCAAUGGUGCAGAAAGGAUCCAUUGUCAUAUCUAAAAAUUCUGUUCCAGCACUGAUUCUUUUUCAACAGGAAUUUUCUUUUUACAAACAUCUCUGCAUUCUUUUUCCCUUGCUUAAAGUAAUCAUGCAGUGACUCUGCAUUUAAUGACUGGGCCUGAAAACAAGAAACUAAACUGGAUUAAACAAACAUGGAGCAAGGAAGCAGACUUCAUGUGCAUUAAUACCUCUGUGUCCUUACUGAUGCCUGAGCUGCUGGUGUCAUCCCUGAGCACCUUGUCAUAUAUAAGAGUAUGUCAGAGGGGAACAUAUGGAAACAGCAACAAAAAUACCAGAAUGCAAACCUUUUUAGUUUAAAAGCUCUCUACAAAGACAAGUGCCUGCAAAUAAUUUUAAUACUAAUUAAAAUUACUGGUUCCUUGAAGGAAACAAUAUCUUAGUUAAUUGCUCUCUAUAGAAGAAAAUCAGGCUCAGGGGGAAAACAUGUUUCAUAAGAGUGAUGAGUUAGUAAAACAAACAAAAACUCUGAAAAAUGUAAAUGAGAAGAACAUGUUCCAAAGCAGUUUGUGGGAGUGCAAAUAGCCUGUGCUGUUCCCAGAGAAGCCCCAACACACUGAAAUAUUUACCAAGAAUGAGAUGCUAAGAGGGUUCCUACCCUGCUUUGGAGACCUGCCAGUGCCUGGCAGCUGUAGUGAUAUUUUAAAUUGUUUAACAUAUCAGCAAUAGGUGGUCUAGUUUAAAACAAUCUGGUGUCCAACCAGACAAGGGUUUGGACAACAGCCAGAAGUGAGCCCAGCAUCCCUGCAGUAGGUCCCAACAUUCCCCAGCAUGGCACUGCACAGGAGUGCUGCUACAGUAUGGCACAGAGUGCUGGCACAGCAUGGCACAGGUCAGCACAGGACAACCAGAACAGCCAGGAUGGCACAGGACAGCCAGGAGAACACGGGACAGCACGGGACAGCACAGGAUAGCACAGGAACAGCCAGGAGAACACAGGCCAGCACAGCUGGGACAGCACAGAAGAGCUGCCUCACAGGCUCAGCCCCAAUAGGCAGGCAGAGGGGUCGGUCAUGUCUGGUUUGUACAGCUGAGGCCCAAAACCACUCAGGUAAUUCCCAGCCAGGAAACCCACCUUGCAGCCCUCGUUUCAGACAGAGGGAUGAGCUGCCCAUGCUGUCCACACCCAGCAUCCUUGGUGCUGUCUGUGAGUCACCAUUCCACAUCUCUGCCAGCAAUGCCAGGGCUUGGUGCCCAGUUCCAGGAGCUGGACUUUAAAUGUUUCCCAUCGUGUCUGCAGUGCACAGCUGGCAUGGUUUUGAACUGAUGAAAUGCAUCUCUUCAGCUGUGGAAUGUCACCAGGUUCCAGCUGUGUGACACACAUCUGAGGCACAACCAUCAGGAGCCAGUGACAGGCAAUUGAAAAUACCUGACACUUCAGGGAGUUGAAAAAGCCUUCCUGAUGAGCCAAGAAUGAUUUUUGCCAGUGGCAACACUGUUGGAUAGUUUGCUUUGCUCACAUAUGCUCACUUUAAUAAUUAGUCUUUUUUUUCUUUUUGCUGCACAUCUUGUUUUUCCCUAAGUGCAACCUACUUUUCACUUUGAAGUUAAUUACUAAUUAGCACCAUAUAGGAGAGCAGAAAGGACCAUGGGAAGCUUUUUCAAACCUACACAAUUAUCCAUUUCCAUGAUUUUGCUUAUUACCAAACUUCUGCCUGCUCAAAUGACAGGGACACUAAUGUUUUGGAAGUCCACAUAUGUGUCCCUAACCACAGCGUUCUUUCCCCCAACUGUUACAACCAUGCCCUAAGUGUCACCUAUAAAUAUUUCAAGAAUGUUAAAUAAUGAACUGUCAGCAGUCUAGUUCCUUACAGUCACACUGCUCUGUUCAUCAAAGCCUUCUCUGAUGUCCUGGGUCUCCUGCAGCCCCAGAGGGGCUCCCAGGGAAUCUCUGCAAAGGCAAAUCCCUGCAUCCCUCUCUGUCUUUGCUCACCUGUAACCCUGGAAUUGCCACCCAUGUGUCUGAACGCCCAGGUGUGGCCACGCCUGCAGCAUGAGCUUUAGAGAGGUACCUGCACAAGGAACUUUAGUGGCACAAACACUCAGCCCAACAUCACUCAGCCCAUUGGAAAGCAGAGACAGACACUGAAGCUCAGGCCCUGCUGCACUGGCAGCGAUUAUUCCUACAGUGAAACCACUGGCACAAACUGAAGGAACUGCACAGACUGGUACAGGUGUUUAAUAGACCUGAGUGAAUGUAGGGUAUGGACACAGAACACACAAACCUCUGAGACAGUCCUCAGCACAAACAUGUGCAGACUGAACGUACAAAUGCAAGCAUCUCUAGUAUAGGAAUGUCCCUAGGAGCAAACACACUGCAGCCACUUGAUCACAUUUGAGCUUCCAGUUCCAUGUAAUUGAUCUGAAGAGACCCACAGCACCAAUCCACUCAAAAUCAUGCUCAUUCCAGUGUCUUUUCCCUACUUGAAAAUGCAGUUACAGUCCCCCACUCUGUGGGGCUGAGUCUGCUGUACCCACCAAGCUUAGAGUGCCCAGAGGCUGCUGCACACCUGGCCCCAGGUGCCUGGCCCAAAGGGGUCCAGGGGUCCCAGUGCUGCCAGAGGUGCAGCAGAGCUGGGAAGAGCCUUGGGCAGCAGAGAUGGGCAGCCAGCACCAGGCUGAGACAACUCUAAACUGAUCUCCCUCCUGGCAGCCUCAGCUGAGGGUCCAUGGACCUCUCCUGAGUGACUCCAGCAAAAGCAGGCGGCCAGGCCUUAUGCAUUUACAGAUACUCGUUAGAAUUGUUCUGAUUUGACAACUUUCAGCAACAUUUCCGCGUGCUGAUAAUGCCCUGAAGCGUGGCCAGCACCAAGCCUGGAUCUCCAAGGAGAGGGAAGCGCCCCCAGGGCUCCUGGCACAGGGGCCAUGCAGGAGGGCACCCCUCCCCUGGCAUGGAGAAGAUCCAGGAUAAAAGCCGUGCCUAGGGGAGGAGGGGAAGUUCAGUCAGUCCAGUAUUUCUCCAGUUUUCAAGAAAAACAAGCCAGAGAGCUGUGGAACAAUCCUUGUGAUUACUGUCUUCACCCUUCCAAAGGAGUGCUGCUCCCGGGCU